AUGAAAAAGCGGAACAGCAGUGGGGCCCCCAAGUCUGGCGGGGGGGGCCCUAAACAGGGGUCCGCAAUCACGAGGGGUUCGGCGUCGACUCUCCCGAAUCGUCAAAUACCGACCAAUAAGAAACCCGGUCAUUACCGUUCUGCAAGCAAAAUAAGACUGCUGCAGAUGUACAACUCCAAGCCCAAGUGGUUGCGGCCGGGAGGCAAAGAACCGCAGCCGUUGGCGCCCGCAAGAAUUCAGCCUGACCGCCGGUGGUUCGGCAACACACGAGUCAUCGACCAGCAAAAGCUUGCGGCUUUUAGAGAGGAUAUUCAAAAAGCAACCGCUGACCCAUACACAGUCGUUCUGAAGCGAUCAAAAUUGCCAAUGAGCCUCAUAAAAGAUCAAAAUGUUGGAGGCAACAAGGAAGCUGUCACUACCGGAGGACCAUUGCCGAAAUUGCGUGGAGAUGCUCUUGUCGCUCUCGAGCCGUUUGAAGGUGUUUUUGGCAGUAAAAAAACCCGCAAGCGACCGCGUUUACAGGCAGCUGACUUGACUACUUUGGCUUCGCAGGCUGCUGAACGCGAGGCAGCCUUUGAGAAAUCCUGCGGUUCUUGGAGUGCAUCAGCAGACAGUGGCGGCGAGGGGGGUCCAGUAGAGUCGAUCUACCAAAAGGGAACAAGUCGCAGGAUAUGGGGAGAGUUAUACAAAGUUAUCGACGCCUCUGACGUCCUCGUACAAGUCGUAGACGCGCGUGACCCGAUGGGAACUCGAUGCACGCGCCUUGAGAGAUAUCUGAAGGCGCAGCGCUCUUCGAAGCAUUUGGUGCUUGUCAUAAACAAGGUGGAUUUGGUGCCGCCGCGUGUCGCUCGCCACUGGUUACGGCAGCUUAGCAAGGAAAUGCCGACGCUGCUCAUGCAAGCCGACAAGAACAAGAAGAACAUCGGCAGAACUCAGCUUUUCCAGUUACUGAGACAAUACGGGCAGUUGCUUUCAGAUAGAAAGCAUGUAUCCAUUGGGUUUUUCGGAUAUCCUAACGUGGGGAAAAGUUCAAUCAUCAACUUUUUAAAGAGCAAGCAAGUCUGCAAGGCGGCCCCGAUACCAGGCCAGACCCGAGUGUGGCAGUACGUGGCUCUCACCUCGAAGCUGUACCUCAUAGACUGCCCGGGCAUUGUUCCCAUCAGCAGCGAUGCAGGCAAUGACACAGAUAAGGUGAUGCGGGGUGUUGUUCGGCCUGAAAGGAUCGCUUCCCCUGAGGAGCACAUUGGUACCGUGUUAGAGCGGGUCAAGAGGGAAGCCGUGAUAACCCGCUAUGGCUUGGAUCAAAGCACGACUUGGGAAGAUGCUGAGGAAUUUCUUUCACUUUUGGCUGUUCGGCUUGGAAAACUGAAGAAAGGCGGGGAGCCUGAUAUUUCUACAGCUGCCCGGAUAAUGCUAUACGACCUCCAACGGGGCAAACUGCCAUACUACGUCCUUCCCCCUGGUUUGGAAAGUGCAGCUGUAGACGUAGCAGUAGAUGACAGUGAUGCCCAACUGAACGGAGCCUUGGCCUUCCCGGAAGGAACUUCGCUCCUUCUCACCGACGGUACCACGGAAUCCAGCAAGCACGAAGAACUCGGCGGC